CUUCUUUAUUUUUCGUGUGUGUUGCAAUAAAACAACAAAAAUCUGCCAAUUGCUUCCAAUAUGCAACAGCAGAAAGACUCGGAAGGUGCCUUUAUUCCGUAUCCAGUGUGGAUGCCGCCUCAUUCGCCGUCGGCAAAGAAGAAAGAAUUUCAACCGAUUCACUUUAAAGUGCCCUCAAGCAGAAUUCCCGUGACAAAACAACCCGCGAAUGGUGAAGGAAAUUUAUCGAGAAUUCUCGCUGCUGGAACAAACCAACCCCAAUUCACCAUUGAACGACCCGAAACAUCGACAUUAGCGGAAGAAGAUCCCCUUGAGAAGAAAGACAAAUACCUCAAGUUACAGUCAGGAGGCGAUGCUCCAUUUUACGGCUUUCGAACGACAGUGCCUGUAGUUGAAGGAUCCGCCAAAAAGUAUCACAAAAGCAACAUUAACAUCCAUUACGAGACGCCCGUGUUGUUGGAAGAGAAGGAAUUCAUUCCGGAGAAUGUUUUGGCGCACCAACAGGCAAAUCACAUGAUCAAAGUAUACGAAGAAACAAGAAAAAGUAAAGCUCUGAAGGAAAAAGCUGCCAAUGAGAGUAGAAGACACACAGAUAACUUCACUGCGAGUCAAAAAGCGCCAAGUCUCAUGUUGCACAGAUACGACGAUGAUAACAUCAUGAACACGGUUAAUUAUAAAGUAGCAAAAGCUGUUCAUGAUUUCACGGGAUAUAAUAAGAACGAAUUAUCAUUCAAAAAAGGAGAUAUUUUGAUGCUCUACAAAAAAGUCGACCACAAUUGGUAUGAAGGUCAACUCUGUGGAAAACGUGGAUUAGUUCCUUUCAGUUAUGUCGAAGUCUUGUCGAAACCCGCGAAGAAGGAAUACACAAAUAUGUCGAAUGCUGUUGCCAAAUUCAACUUCAAAGCCGAAUCCAAAGUCGAAUUAAACUUAAACAAAGGAGAUAUUGUACAAAUUAUCAGACGAAUAGAUCAGAACUGGUUUGAAGGUCAAAUCGAUGAUCGCAAGGGAAUUUUUCCAUGCAGCUAUGUUUAUGUAUUUAACGAAGACGAACUCGAAUCCAACAACGUCGAUGUGCGUUCGUACAAAACAGUCGCUGAGCAACCACAACCCGUCAUGCAAUGCCAAACAGUAGUUCAUCAUCAUGACACGAGCGACGAUGCGACCUAUCGCGUUCUCUAUUCGUACAAACCCAAAAAUGCCGACGAACUCGAACUCCGAGAAGGCGACAUCGUUCACGUGUUGGAGACAUGUGACGACGGUUGGUUUAUCGGAGCCGUUGGCAAUCGUUUUGGAACUUUUCCCGGCAAUUAUGUGGAAAAGUUGUAAAAAUCCGACUAAAACUUAGUGUCUUAAUACAAAAUAUUAACUUAUUACAUUUUAUUAUAUAUUUAAAAUAUUUAAUGAUAUUAACUUGGAUUGAUUACUUUUUACCAAUUAACACGUAAUACCAAAGAUUUUUAACGUCAAGCCAAAAUAUACUUAGCCAAAGAGAGUCAAUAAUAAUUAAAUAUUAAUAUCUUAAUCGAUUUUUGUU